AUGAGCACCGCCUCCGGCGACGGCGCGGACGCCGGCGGCGACGGGGCCUCCUCUGCGGCGGCGGCCGCGUCGGCGCCCGCCGGGAGACGGAUCCCGCCCGCCUCGUCCAUGCCGUGGGUCCGCAACCUCCGCCGCUUCGUCGGCACCGGCGCCGGCCUCGGAUCCGAGGCCCUCAUGGGUCAGUCAGUGCCUCUCGCCUCUGUUCCUCCCUUAGCCAGCCCCUCCGGCCUCCGCGCUAGGCUAGGCUCGGUCGGAGCUGCGCGCUUUGGAUUUCGAGGUGGUGGUGAACUGGAGACUAAAAGGAUAUUGCUUGAGAUUUUCAAGGAGCGGCAGCGGAAGAGUGCUGAAGCUGGUUCCAUCCCAAGUUUUUACAAGAAGAAACCUGAAGAAGGAUCCAUUAGCUCUAGGGUUCAGAGGUUGGCCAAGUACAGGUUUCUAAAGAAACAAUCAGAACUUCUGCUGAAUGCUGAUGAUCUUGAUGCCAUGUGGGUUUGUCUCAGAGAAAAUUGUGUUAUUGAUGAUGCUACGGGUGCUGAAAAGAUGAAUUAUGAAGAUUUCUGCCAUAUCGCCACAGUCUGCACGGAGCAGAUUGGUCAGAAAUGCAAACGUUUCUUCAGCCCUUCAAACUUCAUGAAGUUUGAGAAGGAUGAUUCUGGGAGGAUUGCUAUCCUACCAUUUUAUCUUUAUGUCAUGCGAACAGUUUCUCUUACUCAAGCAAGAAUUGAUAUGAGUGAGCUCGAUGAGGAUUCUGAUGGUUUCCUUCAGCCUCAUGAAAUGGAAGCAUAUAUUAGAGGACUCAUCCCCAAUUUGGCACAAUUGCGUGACAUGCCCACUGCAUUUGUUCAGAUGUACUGCCGCAUAGCUGCACGCAAGUUCUUUUUCUUCUGCGAUCCACACAGGCGGGGGAAAGCAUGCAUAAAGAAAGUGUUGCUGAGCAAUUGUCUUCAGGAGCUAAUGGAACUACAUCAGGAGAGCGAGGAAGAGGUAACCGAUACCGAGCAGGCAGAGAACUGGUUUUCCUUAACUUCAGCUCAGCGCAUAUGUGACAUGUUUCUUGCACUAGAUAAGGAUACAAAUGGUACACUGAGCAAACAAGAGCUCAAGGAAUAUGCAGAUGGUACAUUGACUGAGAUUUUCAUUGAAAGAGUUUUUGAUGAGCAUGUUCGCCGGAGCAAAGUUGGAGGUGGAAACAGUCGCGAGAUGGACUUUGAAAGCUUUCUUGAUUUUGUUUUGGCUCUAGAAAACAAAGAUACCCCUGAAGGCUUGACAUAUUUAUUUAGAUGCCUUGAUCUUAAUGGAAGGGGGUUCCUUACAACUGCAGAUAUCCAUACUCUAUUUAGAGGCGUGUACACCAGAAGUGGAUUGAGGGCGGAACUAUGA